UUCUCUCCGACUAAUAGACUUGUAUCCAUGUUCAUGUUAUUACUUAUUUUCAAACUUGUUGGCGGUCUGAAAACAGCUUCAGUUACGCUUUUCAAAAAUAAAUCAUUUAACUAAUUGGAUUUUGGAAGUCGUCUAUCCACAGUUAAAAUGGCUUUUGACCUAACCAAUAUAGGUUCUAUGAAAGUUGUUAGUUUGCCCGGCGGAGAGACAUCGGAAUUGAAAAAUUUCUGGCAAGAUCAAAAUGUUGCCAUAGUUUUCUUUCGGCGUUGGGGAUGUAUGUUCUGUCGGCUUUGGGCUAAAGAGCUUGAUGAUAUUGCACCGGUUCUCAAGAAUAACAACAUUCGUUUGAUCGGUGUGGGUGUGGAAGAAGCGGGUUCUAAAGAAUUUAUCGACGGAAAGUAUUUCGAUGGCGAACUCUUCUACGCUGAAGAUCGCUCAAUUUACCAGAAACUAGGGUUCAAGAGAUUUAACGUGGUGACAAUUCUCACUUCGUUGCUAUGGAAACAGUCGAGGGAGGCCAUCGCCAAAGGAAAUAAGAUGGGUCUAGAAAAUGAUCUCGUUGGAGACGGUUUACAAAAUGGCGGAAUUCUAUUGAUGAAAAAGGGCGGGAAGCUCAUCUGUCAUUUCGCGCAAUUCGCACCAAGCGAGCGCUUGACAAAUUUGGAAAUUUGCAAGUGUUUUGGCUUAGAGCAUGAAUACAAUGCCGAGACUAUGGCUAAUAAGAAACGCGAAGACAUGGAAUGCAGCAGGACUUCCAAGUAAUCGGUAGAACAGCAGUUAGCAUCACCACAAUAGACAUCAUAAAUAAAAUCUAAACAUUUCGUCCAUUCGUCUUAUAAACGUAUUAUAAAUCUAAUUAAGUUAAAGUAUGUUUUUUCAUGUUUAUUUGUUUUGAAAGGGACAGUCGAAUGGUAAAACCAUUGUCUAUUUGAGAUUUGUAAUACGUUUACGAAUAAAUGUCGUUGUAUAUGGAACGUGUAAGUUUAUCGAUAAUUUCAUAGAAUACUUUUAAUAAAGGUUUCCACGGAAAAUGGA